AUGAGACAGAGGAGAGAGAGAUGGGAAGAGCUGGAGGAAGGAGGAGGCAACAGGUUGUCAGGUUGGCCAGGGAAUUUGAACGCUGGACAAAGUCGGCAUGCUCUAAUCAUAUGGUCGCCUCUUCCUACCAUCAUCUUCUCCUAUCUGGAGCCUCAGCCUCUCACCAGCCCUUCAUACUCUUUAUCUCUUAACGACAGUCUUCCUUGA